UCCUAGCGCCACGUAGUGGGCGACGUCAUUAUGUAGUCAGCUGUAAGCUUCAUGUGCCCUGUCCUUAUAUAUAAAUCCAUGAUGGGCAAUAAAUCAUUAUGGGCAAAAUAAUAAAGUGACACGUUAAUGGGCAAAAUAAUUGUGUACAAAUAUGCCAUGCAAUGUCUCAUUCGACAUGACAUGGUGAAUCGAGUAAACAACGAAAACCAUAAAUUGAGUAUUCAAAGUUUCGCUUAUCAAUAUCCGCUACACGUAUGUAGGUCCACGUGGAUCUGAUUGAAUUGAUGUUCGCAAGUCUGCAUGAAUCGUGAUAACGCAUUGUUCGUAAUAAAAUGGAAAAAGAGUCGACUACAACAGAUACGAGAACGAGACUUAAUUAUGAUAACAAACUCAUUUUGGCGCCCAUGGUGCGUAUCGGAACACUUCCGAUGCGUUUGCUCGCUCUGGACUAUGGUGCGGACAUAGUGUACACCGAAGAACUGAUCGAUAGAAAAUUGCUUCGUUCUAUUCGUCGAGAGAAUGAUGUCCUAGGCACAAUCGAUUACAUCGACAAGACCGACGGUACUGUGGUGUUUCGUACAUGUCCUCGGGAACGAGAGCAUGUGGUUCUUCAAAUUGGUACCUCUGAUCCAUUGAGAGCGGCCGAAGUUGCUCGUAUGGUAGAAAAAGAUGUUGCUGGCAUAGAUAUUAACAUGGGGUGUCCAAAGAAAUUCUCAAUGCUCGGAGGAAUGGGUGCCUCCCUUCUUAGUGAACCGCAGAAAGCGACCAAUAUUUUGCGAAAGAUGAUUGAAACCGUAGCAAUACCAAUUACAUGUAAAAUACGCGUUUUAUCCAGUCUGAAGGAAACUCUCCAACUUUGCGACACCCUCGCUUCUACUGGUAUCGCAGCCAUUGCUGUACAUGGUCGCACGAUUGAGGAGAGACCGCAACAUCCCAAUCGAAAUCAUGUUCUCAAGCAAAUUUCGGAUAGGCUCUCGAUACCGGUCAUCGCAAAUGGUGGGUCCAAAGAUAUUCAACAGCAUUCCGACAUACUCAGGUAAUAUUUCGACAUGUUU